AUGGCUAGAAAGAACAAGAUGAAGGCUAAGGAGCCCAGAAUGAAGGAACUAGUUGCCGAAGUAGGACUUCACUUUGCGGAGUCAUCAACGGGGGCAACUUCCGGCUCUCAGUUGAUAGCCCAGCGGCCUAAGACCUCGUACAGCACCCCUUUGCUUUCUUACUCCCAAUUUCUGAAUGAGAAGCUAACUGUAGGCUACAGUCCUUACGCCAGUUCUCUUGUCGCACUUCGUAUUGGUCCAGAAUUACGAGAGUAUGUCAUCCCAAAAGACCUCUUGCGAAGCCUUGGAUUGCGUCUCUCGUACUCUCAGUACGCCUCCCGGUGGGGAGACCGGUGCUAUGAUUUAUCUGCUCUGGAUGAAGACACUGGCCAUGUACUACUUCACUACCUAUACACCGGUACUUACCAAACUCUCGACAACACGAAUGCUUGUCUAGUUGACGAGGGAGUCAUUGAAUUCAAGAGGGCCGUUUUAACCUAUUAUACUGCGAAGACCUACGGGCUACCUGGCCUAAAGCAGCUGGCGAGGCACAAGAUCAAGCGCGUUGGCAUGGCAAUGAACAUCUUCGACAUCAUUGCAGCUAUCGACGAAGACUAUUCGAAACUCCAGGGUAAUGCAAGUUGGUUCCAUGACUACUUGAAAAAGAAAGCCAAAGCUGCUUUUGAGGAAGAUUAUACUACGUUUGCAGGGGAUGCCUUCUUCGAUCGCAUUCGAAAUGUUGAUCUGAAUAAGGUCAUGGUUAAAUGGGUCGUGGAGCUCUACAGCGAUAAGAUUUCACGCAUGCUCAACGGCGAUGGGGCAGAGCACAUUCCGCCCAUUUCUGGAGCCCUUGAUGCUGAAGACACCGCCAAUGAGCCAACCUACGAACCCACUGUUGAGGAUGCCACCGCUGAUGAGCCAACCUACGAGCCCGCUGUUGAGGAUGCCGUCGCUGAAGAGCCCCCUUACGGCCGCGCUGUUGAUCCCGUCCUCGAAGAGGCUAACUACGACUGUCUCGCUGUUGAGGCGCCGCAUGCCGAAGAGCCUAUCGCUAUCGAAAAGCCUGUCGUCGCCGCCGAAGAGCCGGCCGCCAUUGAAGAGCCUGCCACUGAAGAGUCUGAAAUCGCAGAGCCCGCCUAUGACGAGGCAGCUGUUGAGGAGGCUGUCAUCGAAGAGUCUGUCCCCGCCGAAGAGUGUUCCGAAGAGCGGGCCGCCAUUGAAGAGCCUGCCACUGAAGAGUCUGAAAUCGCAGAGCCCUCCUAUGACGAGGCAGCUGUUGAGGAGGCUGCCAUCGAAGAGCCUGUCCCCGCCGAUGAGUGUUCCGCCGCCGAAGAGUCUAUUCCCAUUGAAGAGUGUAUCUCCGCUGAAGAGUACGUCGCCGCCGAAGAGUGUGUUGCCGCCGAAGAGUGUGUUGCCGUUGAACAGCCAGUGGAACCAACAGUCGUAUCGGACGAUGAACGGGCUGUACCUCUUUCAAAGAAAGGCAAGGAAGGCAAGGAAGGCAAGGAAGGCAAGAAAGGCAAGAAAGGCAACGAAGGCAAGAAAGAUAAGAAAGGUAAGAAAGGCAAGAAUGGCAAGGAAGGCAAGAAAGACAAGGAAGGCAAGAAAGGCAAGGAAGGCAAGAAAGGGAAGAAGGGUAGGAAGGCUUCACUCGAGCCUCCAUCGCUUGAGCCACCCGUCGAGUGCGAAUUAGUUUUUCCCGAUUGUCCAGCACCAGCCGUCUCUGAAUUCGAUUAUCUUGAGCGUUCACCGUGCGAGGUGGAAGCCAUUUCCGAACAGUAUUCCGUCCCUGCCUCCCCAUAUGUGCCAAUCCCCGAAUACGGCGGCACUCCGCAGGGUCUUGAAAAGUUUGAAGAAGCUGAUGUGCUAGUCAGUGACAGUCAAGCAGCCCCUUUAGAACCAGAAACAAUCAUCAAAGCUGAAAGCGGCCUAUGCCCUAGUCGCGCCAAGCAUCUACUUGAAGGAGACAUGUGGAAAGGUUGUAGACACUGCCGUACUUUUUUACAGCAGAUUGCUAUUCAGCUUGCCCCUUAUGCGGGCCGCAUCGACGAGGAUGAAUAUGAGGUGGUGGACAGGGUAAUGGGUUAG